CAGGGGCAGCGUAAAAGGGAGCGGCGCCCACCCGCCACACUCGGCGUGGAGCGCUCCUGCUGCGUGGGAGUGGGAGCCGCGUGCGGCCCAGAGGAGCUCCGCCCCGCGCCGCCGCGUCACGCACACGCUCGGCGCCACGAGCCGCGCAUAAUGAUAUUUGGAUUUGCACUGCAUUUUGGAAUUCAUCUUCACUUACAAUGUCACCAUCACAUGGAGGUCCAGUUCGACCCAGCCCCCCAGAUGGAGGCUGGGGUUGGGCAGUGGUUACUGGAGCUUUUAUUUCCAUUGGCUUCUCUUGUGCAUUUGGCAAAUCUAUUUCUGUAUUUUACAAAGAAAUUGAAGAAAUAUUUAAUGCCAGCACCAGCGAAGUGUCAUGGAUCUCUUCUAUUAUGUUCGCUGUCAUGUAUGCUGGAGGUCCUAUCAGCAGUAUCCUGGUGAAUAAAUAUGGCAGUCGUCCAACCAUGAUUGUUGGUGGCUGCUUGUCAGGCUGUGGCUUGAUUGCAGCUUCUUUCUCCAACACUGUACAGGAACUUUACUUGUACAUUGGAUUCAUUGGAGGUCUUGGGCUUGCCUUCAACUUGAAUCCGGCUCUGACGAUGAUUGGCAAGUAUUUCUACAAGAGGCGACCAUUGGCAAAUGGACUGGCCAUGGCAGGCAGCCCUGUGUUCCUCUCUACCCUGGCCCCCCUCAAUCAGGCUUUCUUCGGUAUCUUUGGCUGGAGAGGAAGCUUCCUAAUUCUUGGGGGCCUCCUACUAAACUGCUGUGUAGCUGGUGCCCUGAUGCGACCAAUAGGGCCCCCACCAAUGAAUGCAGGGAAAGACAGGUCUAAAGAAUCCCUUCAGGAUGCUGGAAGAUCUGAUGUAGAAAAGGGGACAAAUAAUGCAAGUACAGAUUUUAAUGGCAGAAACCCCAAAGACAAGAAACAAUCAGUUUUUCAAAGAGUUAACAAAGUUAUAGACUUAUCCCUGUUUACCCACAGAGGCUUUCUACUAUACCUCUCUGGGAAUGUGGUGAUGGCUUUUGGGCUGGCUACUCCUUUAGUCUUUCUUAGUAAUUAUGGCAAGAGUAAACAUUACUCUAGUGAGAAGGCUGCCUUCCUUCUUUCCAUUCUGUCUUUUGUUGAUAUUGUAGCCAGACCUUCUAUGGGACUUGUAGCCAACACAAAGUGGAUAAGACCUCGAGUUCAGUACUUUUUUGCUGCUUCUAUUAUUGCAAAUGGAGUGUGUCAUCUGCUAGCACCUUUAUCCUCCAGCUACAUUGGGUUCUGUGUCUAUGCGGGAUUCCUUGGAUUUGCAUUUGGGUGGUUUAGCUCCGUAUUAUUCGAAACACUGAUGGACCUUGUUGGACCCCAGAGGUUCUCCAGCGCUGUGGGAUUGGUGACCAUUGUGGAAUGCUGUCCUGUCCUCUUGGGGCCGCCACUUUUAGGUCGUCUGAAUGACAUCUAUGGAGACUACAAAUACACAUACUGGGCGUGUGGUGUGAUCCUAAUUAUCGCAGGCAUCUAUCUCUUCAUUGGCAUGGGCAUCAAUUAUCGGCUUGUGGCGAAAGAACAGAAAGCAGAGAAGCAGCAGAAAAAGGAAGGUAAAGAGAAGCCAAAAGAAGUUAUUAAAGCAGCAGACUCUAGAGGAUAGAGAGGCAUAUAAGGCCCCAAAGAGAAGAAACAUCCAGUCUGAACCAUGGAUAACCAGAGAAGCUUUGGACUAAAAACACCUGAAAAAUUCUACUGAAUCUUGUUCUAUUGGCACUGCUCACCACAGCCAGUGGACAUUUGUGUGGAAGUCAUACCAGGUACCCACUGAUGGAAUUUUUGUUUCAUUCCCUCACAGCAGUCAUAAUGUAUAUGUCACAUCCUUUGGGGCCAGGGGAUUUACAGAAGAUAACAGAUGAAAAUGCUUUUAUUUGAAGUCAUUUUUGUUAAGAUAUACUUUACAUACAAUAAUUAAUCUCUUUUAUAAGACUCAAGUUUGAUGAAUUUUGACAAGGCAUCUAUAUAAAUAACUACCUCCCCAAUACAGAACAUUUCAGACAGCCAAAGUAAUUCCCUCUUGCCCCUCUGCAGUCCAUUCUUUCCCUUCCCUACAUCCCUGGCAACCACUGGUCUUAUUUCUGUCCCCUAUAGUUUUGCCUUUUCCAGAAGGUAGUAAAUGAAAUCACAUAGUAUGUAGCUAGCAUAAUAAGAAAUAUAUAUUUCAUCUUUGUCCCUAGUUUCUGGUACAGAGCUCCUAAAACCCUUGGAUUUCUGGGUGAUGAGUGUUUUCUGCAUUCUAGUUAGAUAACUGGUGUCUAGAACCCCCUAGAUAGCUUCAAGAUAGGGACUGGUCUCCAAAAAGACCAAGGCUUUGAUCAGAGGGUUGGGACUUUCAGCCCCUCUCCCACGACCUCUGGGGAAAGGGGAGGGGCUGGAAGUUAAGUUCAAUUACUAACAGCCAGUGAUUUAAUCAACCAUGCCUACACAGUGAAACCUCCAUAAAAACUCCUAAACUGCAAGGCUUAGAGAGCUCCCUGGUUGGUGAAUACAUUGACGGGCUGGUGUUCGGAGGGUAAGAUGCUCGGACAAGACACGGAAGCUCCACGCCACGCCUCCCCACCAUACCUCAUCCAUUGCGUCCUAUGCAUCUCUUUCAUUUGGCUGUUCCUGAGUCGUCUCCUUUAUAAUAUAUCAAUAAACGUAAGCAAAGUGUUUCCCUGAGUUCUGUGAUCCAUGCUAGCAAAUUACCAAACCUGAGAAAAGAGUUGUGGGAACUCCCAACUUACAGCUAGUGGGUCAGAGGUACAGGUAAACAACCUGGGACUUGUGGCUGGAAUCUGAAAUAAGGACAGCCUUGUGGGACUGAGGCUUUAAACCUGUGGAAUUGGACACUAACUCUAGGUACUUAGUGUCAGCAUUGAAUCGAACUGUAGGACCUAGGUUAGUCUGGAGAGUUGUUGGAAAAAUGGUCAUUGUGGAAAAAAUUGAAUGUCAGAAGUGUUGUAACAGAGUAACCUUCUAUGUCUGGCUUCUUUACCUAACAUAACGUUUUAUGACUCAUCCAUUUCAUUGCAUUUAUACAUAGUUUGCUGCUUUUUAUUGCUGAGUAACAUUUCUUGGUGUGAAUGUACCAUAAUUUGGAUAUCUGUUCACCAGUUGAUGGACUUCAGUUUUUUCCACUUUUUGGCUAUUAUAACUAAAGUUUCUAUAAGCAUUCACACAGAGGUCUGUGUAGACAUAUGCUUUCAUUUCUCUUGAGAAAAUGCCCAGCAUUGGGGUUGCUGGGUCAUGUAGCAAGUUCAUGUUUAACUUUUAAGAAACUCAAACUAUUGUUGAAUUGGCCAAACCAUUUUGUAAUCCAACUAGCAAAGUUUGAGAGAUCUAGUUAUUCUGCAUCCUUGUCAGCACCUGGCAUUGUCAGGCUUUUUGCUUUUAAUUUCUCCUACAACUGAUGAUGUUGGCCAUAUUUUCUUCUUCUUUUUUUUUUUAAUAUUUUUAAUGUUUAUUUAUUUUUGAGAGAGAGACAGAGCACGAGCAGGGGAGGGGCAGAAAGAAAGGAGACACAGAAUCCGAAGCAGGCUCCAGGCUCCAAGCCAUCAGCACAGAGCCUGAUGUGGGGCUCAAACCCACGAACCAUGAGAUCAUGACCUGAGCCGAAGCCAGACACUUAACUAACUGAGCCACCCAGGCACCCCAUUAUUGACCAUAUAUUCAUGUGCUCGGUCAUCUGUAUAUUUUUAGCAAAGCCUUGUUUUUUAAUCCUGACAUUUAACAGAGUCUUAAGGCACUUAUUUAAGUGCCUUACUUGUUGUGAUGUGCACUGGGUGUUAUAUGUCAAUGAUGAAUCACUAAAUUCUACUCCUGAAACUAAUAUUACACUACAUGUUAACUAACUAGAAUUUAAGUAAAAAAUUGAAACGUCAAAAAAAA